AUGUCAAUUGAAACGCUAUUAAAAUCAUUGAAAGUAAUUAGUCUAAAAUCUGGCGAUGAUAACAUCGAUCGUUUGCAUUAUUUUCUAACAACAAAUUUACUAAUAGCAGCAAGUACCAUAGUAACCUGGAAGAUGUUUGAAGGAAGUGCAAUCGAAUGUAUGUUACCAGCAAGUUUACCUAAUUCAUGGAUUAGGGUUCUGAGGUAA